CAUCAACCGCAAAAUGAAGUGCAUUAUUCUCUUUGUUCUAUCCUGCGCUGCAUUAUUAAACGCCCAGCCAUUCGCAGGCCUUGGAUUAGGAAGAAUGGGUGGAUUAGGCAUAGGAUCUGGAUUAGGCCUAAGUGGUCUUGAAAUGGGAGAAAUGGACCUAGGUGGUCUUGGAUAUGGAGGAAUGGAGGGAGGCGGUCUUGGAAUGGGAGGAAUGGGGGGAGGCGAUACUGUAACGGGAGAAAUGGGCCUAGAUGGUCUUAGACUGGAAGGAAUGAGGGGAAUGGGAGAACCAGGAAAUAUAUUAUAACUAUAAAAA